AUGAGACAUUAUAUCACUAACACAUCCAGGACUUCAGAUACAAGUAAUUACAUCACUAACACAUCCAGGACUUCAGAUAUGAGUAAUUACAUCACUAACACAUCCAGGACUUCAGAUACAAGUAAUUACAUCACUAACAUGUCCAGAACUUCAGAUACAAGUAAUUACAUCACUAACACAUCCAGGACUUCAGAUAUAAGUAAUUACAUCACUAACAUGUCCAGAACUUCAGAUAUGAGUAAUUACAUCACUAACACAUCCAGGACUUCAGAUACAAGUAAUUACAUCACUAACAUGUCCAGAACUUCAGAUAUGAGAAAUUACAUCACUAACACAUCCAGGACUUCAGAUAUGAGUAAUUACAUCACUAACACAUCCAGGACUUCAGAUACAAGUAAUUACAUCACUAACAUGUCCAGAACUUCAGAUACAAGUAAUUACAUCACUAACACAUCCAGGACUUCAGAUACAAGUAAUUACAUCACUAACACAUCCAGGACUUCAGAUACAAGUAAUUACAUCACUAACACAUCCAGGACUUCAGAUACAAGUAAUUACAUCACUAAUACAUCCAGGACUUCAGAUACAAGUAAUUACAUCACUAACACAUCCAGAACUUCAGAUACAAGUAAUUACAUCACUAACAUGUCCAGAACUUCAGAUACAAGUAAUUACAUCACUAACAUGUCCAGAACUUCAGAUAUGAGUAAUUACAUCACUAACACAUCCAGGACUUCAGAUACAAGUAAUUACAUCACUAACAUGUCCAGAACUUCAGAUACAAGUAAUUACAUCACUAACAUGUCCAGAACUUCAGAUACAAGUAAUUACAUCACUAACAUGUCCAGAACUUCAGAUACAAGUAAUUACAUCACUAACAUGUCCAGAACUUCAGAUAUGAGUAAUUACAUCACUAACACAUCCAGGACUUCAGAUACAAGUAAUUACAUCACUAACACAUCCAGGACUUCAGAUACAAGUAAUUACAUCACUAACACAUCCAGGACUUCAGAUACAAGUAAUUACAUCACUAACACAUCCAGGACUUCAGAUACAAGUAAUUACAUCACUAACAUGUCCAGAACUUCAAAUAUGAGUAAUUACAUCACUAACACAUCCAGGACUUCAGAUAUGAGUAAUUACAUCACUAACACAUCCAGAACUUCAGAUACAAGUAAUUACAUCACUAACAUGUCCAGAACUUCAGAUAUGAGUAAUUACAUCACUAACACAUCCAGGACUUCAGAUACAAGUAAUUACAUCACUAACAUGUCCAGAACUUCAGAUACAAGUAAUUACAUCACUAACAUGUCCAGAACUUCAGAUAUGAGUAAUUACAUCACUAACACAUCCAGGACUUCAGAUACAAGUAAUUACAUCACUAACAUGUCCAGAACUUCAGAUAUGAGUAAUUACAUCACUAACACAUCCAGGACUUCAGAUAUGAGUAAUUACAUCACUAACACAUCCAGAACUUCAGAUACAAGUAAUUACAUCACUAACAUGUCCAGAACUUCAGAUAUGAGUAAUUACAUCACUAACACAUCCAGGACUUCAGAUACAAGUAAUUACAUCACUAACAUGUCCAGAACUUCAGAUACAAGUAAUUACAUCACUAACAUGUCCAGAACUUCAGAUACAAGUAAUUACAUCACUAACACAUCCAGGACUUCAGAUACAAGUAAUUACAUCACUAACAUGUCCAGAACUUCAGAUAUGAGUAAUUACAUCACUAACACAUCCAGGACUUCAGAUACAAGUAAUUACAUCACUAACACAUCCAGGACUUCAGAUAUGAGUAAUUACAUCACUAACACAUCCAGAACUUCAGAUACAAGUAAUUACAUCACUAACAUGUCCAGAACUUCAGAUACAAGUAAUUACAUCACUAACAUGUCCAGAACUUCAGAUAUGAGCAAUUACAUCACUAACAUGUCCAGGACUUCAGAUACAAGUAAUUACAUCACUAACACAUCCAGGACUUCAGAUACAAGUAAUUACAUCACUAACACAUCCAGGACUUCAGAUACAAGUAAUUACAUCACUAACACAUCCAGAACUUCAGAUACAAGUAAUUACAUCACUAACACAUCCAGGACUUCAGAUACAAGUAAUUACAUCACUAACACAUCCAGGACUUCAGAUACAAGUAAUUACAUCACUAAUACAUCCAGGACUUCAGAUACAAGUAAUUACAUCACUAACAUGUCCAGAACUUCAGAUAUGAGUAAUUACAUCACUAACACAUCCAGCACUUCAGAUACAAGUAAUUACAUCACUAACAUGUCCAGAACUUCAGAUAUGAGUAAUUACAUCACUAACGCAUCCAGGACUUCAGAUACAAGUAAUUACAUCACUAACACAUCCAGGACUUCAGAUACAAGUAAUUACAUCACUAACAUGUCCAGGACUUCAGAUGCAAGUAAUUACAUCACUAACACAUCCAGGACUUCAGAUACAAGUAAUUACAUCACUAACACAUCCAGGACUUCAGAUACAAGUAAUUACAUCACUAACAUGUCCAGAACUUCAGAUACAAGUAAUUACAUCACUAACACAUCCAGGACUUCAGAUACAAGUAAUUACAUCACUAACACAUCCAGGACUUCAGAUACAACGUUUUCUUCACUCACUAACAGCUUCCUUCCUCAACACAACACAGUCAAUUCAAAAACCUUAUUUAUAUCAACAGGAAGUGACAAAACACAGAAUCAGUAUACUUAA